ACUGACAGCUAACAGCUGUCAUCUCGCUUUUCCUUUCUUUCCGGUCUCUGCUCCGUAGAAGACGCAAACAUGUUUAUGCCAAAGGCUCAUCGUGUCGCCAUUUAUGAGUACCUCUUCAAGGAGGGCGUCAUUGUGGCCAAGAAGGAUUUCCAUGCACAGAAGCACCCUGAGUUGGAAAAGAUUCCCAAUCUGCAUGUCAUCAAAGCCCUGCAGUCGCUGCACUCCCGCGGCCUCGUCAAGGAGCAGUUCGCCUGGAGACACUACUACUGGUAUCUAACCAACGAGGGCAUUGAAGAGCUGCGCAGCUACUUGCACUUGCCUCCCGAGAUUGUGCCCUCAACCCUGAAGCGCCCGGCCCGUUCCGAAACUGUGCGUGCGCGCCCAGCUGCCGGUGGCCCACGUGGACCUGGCGACGCCUCCAAGACCGGCGAGGAUCGUUCGGCCUACAGACGCGCCCCUGGUGGCAGUGGCGUCGACAAGAAGGGCGAUGUUGGUCCCGGCGCUGGCGAGGUUGAAUUCCGUGGCGGUUUUGGACGUGGCUCCCGCAGUUAGAGCGGAGCGUUUGUGUUUUUACAAAUUGCAGAGUAAACGAAUCAACAGUUUUAAAUACCACAACAAACAAAAAUAAUCUGUGUAUGUUUUGUAAGAUGAGAUGAAGAGUGCAGCAAUGCAAGAAGACAAAUUAUAAAACAAACGCCAAGUGAAA